UUUACAAAACAUUUUGACGGUUAAGCAAGUGUUUGGUCGGCGUUUGGCGGCGGAAACUAGAAUCGUUGCUGCUACUCAAGUCAUCGGGAAAAUGAAGAGCAAUAAGUAUUCUUGCAACACAAGAGCCGAAACCCUAGAAUGGAUCAUCGCCAUUAUCGAUUUCCUUAAACCUUUUUCUUUCCUAAUCAAUGCUCAUGUUGUCAAUUUCUUCAAGGAUAAGCAAUGGGAAGCUGUUGAUGAGGUAUGGAUGAGUUGCUUAAAGGAUGAGAAGCCGGAAAAUAUUCUUCUUAUUCCCUCCGGGGUUGUCCAGGAUCACUGGCCUGCUUCACUCAAGGAAUUUGUUCACACGUUGAGGUCUCUAUCAUUUCCUAGAGAGCAAGCGGAUUUACAUGCGAUACUCGCAGAUGUGGAUUUGGUACCGCUUAGCACCGUUCUUUCACAGGGCAUGAAUCUUAAGAAAAAACAUGAGGUUGAAGUUCUUUCCUCUGUUGUUAGCUCAGUUGUUAAGAGUGUUGGAGCUCCUACUGUCGUUGAUGUCGGUGCUGGACAGGGUUAUCUAGCGCAGGUUCUUUCUUUCCAAUAUAAGCACUCAGUGGUUGCAAUUGAUUCUUCCUCUCAUCAUGGAACGGUAACAGAUGCACGUGCAGCACGUAUCAGAAAGCAUUUUGCAGCACAGAUGCGUAAAUCUGGUUCAGGAAACAAGUGCCCAGAUGUUCCAAUGACGAUUACAUGCCGUGUAUUAUCCUCAGAGAUGUUGAAAGCCUUGACCAAUGUUCCUCUGGAGAAAAGUGACACGGAUUUUAAUGGAAGUGCAUUGAAUGAAGGUCAAAGCAGAUCACAAUCAGCAAGUGAUGCAAACAGAUUGUGUUCACUUGUUCUUGCUGGCCUUCAUGCAUGUGGGGAUCUAUCUGUUACAAUGCUAAGGACUUUUAUGGAGUGCGAAGAAGUUAAAGCAGUAGUGAGCGUUGGCUGCUGUUACAACUUAUUGUCUGAAAAAAGUAGUGACGAUUCUUGUUCCAAAUGUGGCUAUCCGAUGAGCGCUGGUCUCAAAUCCUUGGGAUUUUCUCUUGGCAAAAAUGCCCGGGAUUUAGCUUGUCAGAGUGCUGAGAGAUGGAGCGGCUUAGGAGAAGAUGCUGGUCUGCAGAAUUUCCAGUUGCAUUCUUUUCGUGCUGCUUUCCAAAUGGUUCUGUCAAAACACUAUCCAGAGGUUUUGGUGACAAGUCCAUCCAUUGGGCGCCAAGGGAAGGCAUUCCGUCGUCAACAGCAACGAAAAUCCCUUGAAACUCCAGCAGCAGUAGAUACAACUAGGAAAGACACUGAUGACAAGAAACCCAUGAGGCAGACAAGCUCGAAUUCCGAUAUGUGUUCUUCUUUCGAGAAGUUUUGCCUGUCAGCAUUUUCCCGCUUGAAUCUAGAACAUCCUCUAGAUCUCGACCUGAAUGCCACAUGGAAGGAAGCUGAUGCAUUUACUGAACUGAUAGGGCCUUACUGGUCUAUUCGAGCUGCAUUAGGAGCGGUGCUUGAGACAUUGAUCUUGCUUGAUAGACUUAUGUUUCUCCAAGAACAAGGAGACUCCAUAAAAGUGGUUAUGCUUCCCAUCUUUGAUCCUACCAUCUCACCUAGGAAUGUCGCCAUUAUUGCUAAAAGACUUUAACCCUAAAGCUUAAAACCUCUAUUUUGAUCCUUUUAAAAACUUUGGUAAUGUGUGAAAUGCAAUCUGUUGGAGUUGACUUUGAAGUUGUAUGCAUAUUGGUUUCAUUUAUCAAACUACAUUGAGCAGUGAAGAGAACUCAUCCAGAGAGUGGUUAAGAUUAAGCUCUCUGCUUUUACCG